AGCUAACUAGUAAAGACCUCGACCAUCAUACCAAGGUAUCGCCAUCAAAAUGUCCGACACUACCGAGAGCAAACGUCUGACGACCGCGCAGGACUAUGCCUCGCUCAUCGACAAGUUUGAUACCUUUCUCUUUGACUGCGAUGGCGUCAUCUGGUCCGGUCCCAAGCUCAUCCCGGGUGUCAGGGAGGUCAUCGCUUGGCUGCGAACAAAGGGCAAGAACGUCCUGUUCGUCUCGAACAACGCCAGCAAGAGCCGACCGAUGUACAAAAAGACCUUUGACGAUUUCGGGAUUGACACCACCGAUGACGAGCUUUUCAACUCGGGCUUCGCCUCGGCGCUGUACCUCGCCAAGAUCCUCGAUUUCCCCAAGGACAAGAAGGUGUAUGUGAUCGGUAUGAAGGGUCUCGAGGAGGAGCUCGAUGCGGUCGGUGUGGCGCAUUGUGGGGGUUCGGACCCGGCGGAGAUGGAGUACAUGCCUGCCAAGGAUUACACCGCUGUCACACCGGAUCCUUCAGUUGGUGCCGUCCUCUGCGGCUUCGACGCCUUUGUCAACUACAAGAAGUACUCCAAAGCCCACACCUACCUGACUAAGAACCCCGGCUGCCACUUUAUCCUGACCAACACCGACGCCACCUUCCCCUCUGGCGGUGAAUUUUACCCAGGAUCGGGGGCCAUGUCCGCCCCGCUAGUGUACUCGACCAAGAUGACCCCGACGGUGAUUGGGAAACCGAACAGUCACAUGAUGGACGCCAUCCUCGCCUCCAAGGAUUUCGAUCGGAGCAGGACGAUCAUGGUCGGGGACAACUUGGAGACGGACAUCUUGUUUGGGCAGAACUCGGGGAUCGAGACGUUGUUGACGAUGACGGGAGUGACGAACGAGGACCACCUGCUUGGACCCAAGAAAUCGUCGACGGUGCCUACCUACAUCGUCAACAGUUUGGGGGAUUUCAAGGUUUUGGUUGAUGAGGGCAAGUGAGGGAGGAACGUUGCAGACCGAAUUUGUAUUCUCGAUAGAUGGGGUUCAUACACAAAGUAAAGUAUGGUGGGAAGUGAUCGGAAUUCCCGCCUUUGCCCUUGUCGGUCGAUCCGAUCGCUUCGCAAAGGUCUUCAAGCUCUGGGCAAAGUGCGCGAGGCCGGAGGUCCUCACCGGACCUGACAUCAUCCUAGUCUCAACAAUUAGCAUUCGAGUGGC